GUUGGGGGGCCUCCAGGAACGUGGUUGGGAACCACUGCUUUAUACCGUUCAGAUGUAAUAGAUGUGCAGCUCAAAUACCUGAGAAAAAAAAAAAACUUGAGAUAAAAAGUAGCCUGUCUCAAGUCUUCCUGGAUCAGCUGUUUGAGUGCGCAUGCGCAGUGCAUACACUACUGCAGCACGGUUUGCCGUGACGUUCAUAACAGAGUAUCCAGUAGAUGAUUCCUUAUUGCUUCUACCUGUCAAAGCGAAAUCCUUCAGUGGAUGAUGAAAAUGAUGCAUGCCGAGGAUGAACUGACCAAAGCAGCCGCGACUGGAAACACUUACCAUGUUCAGUUUUUACUAUCUAACGGAGUGAAUGUCAACGGCGUUAACAAAUUCGGAAGAACACCUAUACAGGUGAUGAUGAUGGGUAACACACCGUUGGCUCACCUGCUGCUGGAGUAUGGAGCGGAUCCUAAUGUGCCUGAUCCCGGGACAGGAAGCAGUCCUUUACACGAUGCUGCUAGAACCGGAUUCAUGGACACCGUGCGGCUUUUAAUUCGCUUUAACGCCGAUCCCAAUGCAACAGAUCACAGCAAUUUACGACCUGUGGAUGUGGCACGGCAGACUGGCCAUAUGGACGUGGCUGAAUUUCUGAGUCGUAUUUAAACGCUAAAGGUUUUUUUUUUGGUUUUUUUGUAACUAUACAUAGCCUAUCACAUAAUAUGACAGGUUUAAAAAAAUAAUGAGCGCAGCAGUUAUGCACUUUAAUUGUUUAGGAUAUAUUUGUAGGCUAAUAAUAACAACUUACAAUAGCCUACUGUUUGUGGAUUUUUAUGCUGUUUGGAGUAUUAAAAACAUUUUAAGUAUU